CUCUGAGUCUCUCUCGCCCCCCCCAACCUUGGCGUGAUGCAUCCGCUCUGCUCUCGCCCUCCCCGCCCUCCUCGUCAUCUGCGAGAGGUAGCAUUGCGCGUGUGCUCGAGCACUUCUGGACGGGUUUCACCUGUCCCUUGGACAUCUAACAGCCAAGACAGGGUAGCAGCGGUCCAUCCGUCAGCUGCACUCUCUGCUGCUCCGCCGUGAUCCUGAGCAAUGUCUCAUGGGCAUGGCCCUGUGCGAGGUGGUACUCGUUGAGGUCAGUGGGGUUGGCCACGGCACAAAACGCCUGGUCUUCCACGGAGUCCACGUCGCUCUCAUGCUCCACCACUUGCGCUAGGACGGCCUCCUCCGUCGCGCACUUUUCUUUGGUGUGGCCCCACCCCUCGCAGCGCGCACACCACGGCACGAAGUCCUUCUCAUUGGUACGACCGCCGCNCCCGCGUCAACUCCUUCGCGUGUCGCAGGUUGUUCUUUGUCAUGGCAUACUCGUCCGAAAGGGCAUCCAGGAAGAGGUGAAGGACGAACGUUUCGUUGACAGCUAGUAUUUUCUCCGUUAAGGACUUUGCGGUUUGGAGCAUCUCAUUUAGGGCGUUUUCGGGGUUUUCACCUCUAGAGAUCUGGGUCGACGUCAGUGACUUAAGGUCCUCUGACGGCUGUGCAGAUGAUUCAGGGUCGUGUAUUGUCUUGAGCUCACGAAGAGCUCCCUGGGGCGUCUCUGCCUUCUUCAUGAUUUUCCGGUCUUCUUCCAAUGCGUGAGACAGGAAGUUCCACGCGUGGAUUGCGAGCUCUACUUGCUCGCUCCGGUACUGCUGUGACAGCGAAAACGUGCUCUUUCCGCUGUUGACGGGGAUCUCCAAGCUCCCGCUCUCUAUAAAUUGUUCCAAAAGGUUUGCGACAUUAGCUGCCAUGUGGAAACCAUUUAGCCAUUCGUUGAAAUCUUUCGAUUUCCCGCUGAACGGUGGAGAAGUGUACCGCACACUUUGGUACCCCAUCGCUGGGGUUGUGGCUCCGUAUCCAAAGCCAACAGCAGCACCACCAUCUCCCAUGGCGCUACUAUAAUCUUGGUUGUGAGCAGCGCCU